AUGAGAAUAAAGGUAACUGUUGUGUGGUGUGUUUGGAUUCUGGCUCUGCUAUGGCAGCAUCACGUGGUGGCAAGGUUCGUGGUGGAGAAGAACAAUCUGAAGAUCACGUCUCCCAGAUCACUCAGAGGUAUCUACGAAUGCGCAAUUGGAAACUUCGGUGUACCGAAGUACGGAGGUGCCAUGAUCGGUGCUGUGGUUUAUCCAAAGGCCAAUCAGAACGGAUGCAACCGAUUCGAAGGCGCCGACGCCUCUCUCUUCGCUUCUAGGCCUGGUGGAUUCCCGACCUUCCUUCUUGUUGAUCGUGGAGAGUGCUACUUCACGUUAAAGGCAUGGAACGCACAGAAGGGCGGAGCAGCGGCGAUUCUGGUGGCGGAUGACCGGAUAGAGCCGUUGAUAACGAUGGACACGCCGGAGGAAGGGACCGGAGCAAACGAUGACGACUACAUCGAGAAGAUUAACAUCCCGUCGGCGCUGGUGAGCAAGGGGCUCGGGGACAGCAUCAAGGCGGCUCUGGCGAGCGGCGAUAUGGUGAACGUGAAUCUUGAUUGGAGGGAGGCUCUUCCGCAUCCAGACGACAGAGUUGAGUAUGAGUUUUGGACAAACAGCAACGACGAGUGCGGAGCGAAGUGUGACGCUCAACUCAGCUUCGUUUCAAGCUUCAAAGGUGCAGCGCAGUUACUUGAGCAGAAAGGCUUCACUCAAUUCACACCUCACUUCAUCACAUGGUACUGCCCUCAGGCAUUCAUCCUCAGCAAACAGUGUAAGGCUCAGUGCAUCAACAAUGGCAGGUACUGCGCCCCUGACCCUGACCAGGACUUUUCCCGAGGCUACGACGGCCGAGAUGUCGUCAUUCAAAACCUCCGCCAGGCUUGUUUCUUUAAAGUAGCUAAUGAGAGCAAGAAGCCUUGGCAAUGGUGGGACUAUGUCACCGACUUCGCCAUUCGCUGCCCUAUGCGAGAGAAUAGGUACACUCAGGAAUGCUCGGAUCAAGUGAUUGCAUCUCUUGGUGUUGAUGUGAAGAAGAUAAGAGAUUGUGUUGGAGAUCCUAAUGCGGAUGCUGAGAACCCAGUUCUUAAGAAGGAACAGGAUGCACAGAUUGGGAAAGGCACUCGCGGUGAUGUUACUAUCCUGCCUACUCUCAUCAUAAACAACAGACAGUAUAGAGGCAAGUUGUCAAGAGAAGCAGUACUCAAGGCCAUCUGUUCUGCUUUCAAAGAAACCACUGAGCCAUCGAUUUGCUUAACUCCAGACAUGGAAACAAAUGAGUGCCUCGUAAACAAUGGUGGUUGUUGGCAGGACAAAUCUGCUAACAUUACUGCAUGCAGGGACACAUUCAGAGGAAGAGUUUGUGAAUGCCCUGUUGUGCAAAAUGUGAAAUUUGUUGGUGACGGAUAUACUCAUUGUGAAGCAACGGCACGCUUGAGGUGUGCAGUGAACAAUGGAGGUUGUUGGAAGGGAGCCCAAGAAGGGAGGGUUUACUCUGCUUGCAUUGAUGACCACACAAAAGGUUGCAAGUGCCCUCCUGGAUUCAGGGGUGAUGGAGUCCACUCCUGUGAAGAUAUCGAUGAGUGCAAAGAGAAAUUGGCCUGCCAGUGCCCAGAGUGCAAUUGCAAGAACACCUGGGGAAGUUAUGAAUGCAAAUGCAAUAGCGGUUUGUACUACAUGCGAGACAAUGAUAUGUGUAUAGGCAAAUAUACGGCUUCAGUGAACAGUGGAGGCUUUAUCAUUUGGGUUAUUUUUCUGGUCAUAGCUAUUGUUGGUUUAGUGGGAUAUGCAUUUUACAAGUACAGAAUCCAGAGAUAUAUGGAUUCUGAGAUAAGAGCAAUUAUGGCCCAAUACAUGCCAUUGGAUAAUCAACCCGAUGCCUCUGUUCAACUUCAACAAGGUGUGUAGAAAGGUCAAAGAUCAAAGAUUGAUCAAUGGAAAAGACUAAUCUGAUCUUGAAUGAAAUAUAUAUGGGAGGGGCCAUGGAGCAUCAAGAGCUGUGUGUGUGUUAGUUUUUAAAAGGG